AUGUUCUCGUCUUUGGAAACAUUGAACACUUCUUUUGAUCACAAUAACUUGGCAACUGACAGAGAUCACGCAUGCGCAGUCGUGCUGUUUCCGAUUUCCAAAAUAGUGAAAACACAACUCUGGAUUCUAAAGCUUGUUAUAAUGGCUGUGAAUCAAGCUGCAGUGUGUGCCUUAUUGUUGUCAGUAACCAUGGUGAUGGCUGCCGAUCCUGCUACUGCUGCCAAAUUUGUCUGUGACCUGAUUGUUCCACCUGAGGUUCAGAAUAUAAAUAAAUCAAUCCCCAUCAUAGGAACAAAGUUUGAAGUAACAGUGGAAGCUAACUUUAGGAAGAAAGGGGGUGAUGAGCAAAUGAUUGCUCAUGAAUAUUAUGACUAUGCCAACAACAAAGCAGCUGUACAUAUCAUUAGAGGGGGAAAAAAGCUUAUUUAUAUCUACAACUUUCAGCAAAAAGAGCUGUAUAAAAUAAAAGAAGAAAAGACAUGUGAAACAUCAGACUUGACAAGGGAGGAGCAGAUGGGAUUCAAUGUAUUUAACUUCACUGUGACUGGGAAUACAUCAUAUGUUAAAAGUGUCAGCGAUCUCUUCAACUUUGGGGACGCUUACAAUGAAACAUAUAUGGGUGAAACUGUGGUACGAGGCAUUCCAGUAGACCAUUGGGCAUCUUGUGUGACAUGGAUAAAAGGGGAUGCUCAUUUUAAGCUUGACUAUUACUUUACCAAGGAAGGCUACCAUGGUCCACAUGCGUUUAAGGGCCAAAUUCCUGUUAGGGCCACAAUUGAAGGCGAUUCAUUGACUGAAGGGGAGACAACACGUCACAACUUUACUCAUGUCUAUGAAUUUGUGAACUUUAAGGCUGGACCAAUCGAUCGUUAUGAAGAGGUGUUUCAGCCUCCUGAAGGUGUAAUAUGUGUAAGAAAGAGAAGCAAGCCACGCCCAAUUUUACCAGCAGGCUUCAGUUUGGAGAUUGAACAGAUAGACUCCUAUGAGGCUGGUCCAGUGGUUGUCUUGAACAGACAGUAUUUCUUUGACUUCAAAAAUCAACUCAUGAGGAUGGAUGAGCGACCAUCAAAAUACUAUGGAGAGAAAUAUUACAAGGAAUUUAAUAACAGUGACAGACUGUCAAUUAUACAUGAUUAUAAUACAGGUCAUGAGUACAUUAUUGACCAGGUGUUAGAGAAUUGUACCAUCCGCAACAUCACAGAUGGUGAAGAUGUUCAUAAGAGCUCGUCCAAUCCUUUACUCGUCAGUAUGAAAGCUGGCUAUGAGUUAUUCAAUCUUAAUAUGUACACUUUCAGUUAUGCUGGCCAGAGGCAAUACAGAAGUGUAUUAUGUGACAUCUGGAUAGUCUCAUUUUCACCAGCAGGAACUACUGACGAGUCUGCAUAUGGGAACUAUAAAAAAAUUCGCUAUGAGGUGUAUUUUCUAGCGGACAACUGGACGUCUGACAUGCUCCUAGCUAACCAAUCAGAGCACGUCCUUGUUGCAAUACGGAUGAAGGGAACUGCCAAGCGUGACAAGCAUACUGGAGAUUUCGACAUCUUCAUGAAUAUCUUCAGCUACAGAGUAACUGCUCCUUCAAUUGAUGUGUUUGAUAUUGAUUCAUGUGUUAACUACAGUAGUUCCAAUCCUGAGAUUAACUACAAGCAUCUUGUGUUUACGCUUCCAGUACGCCAAUCCCGGCUGCUAUCAUUGCGCCAGCACAAUGUAGUACCAGCAGUCAGGAAGGCUAUAGCCAUGGCUGCUCAAGUCUCAGGCAUAAGAGUCAAUGAUAUAUUUUUUAUGAAGGCUGGUGACUAUGUAGAUACCUGGUUUACCCUACUUGCACCUCCUAAAACUCAAGGUGAUGUAGCUGUAGAGGUAACGUCUCUAGACAAAGCCUACAAGAACCUUCAGGAAGUCAUAGCGAGUCAGGAAGGUUUGAAAAUCCGAGUGAAGUAUAAAGCCCCUGACCAGUCACUUUCAUUCACUGUAGCUAAGGAUUCCUUGAAGACAGAUAAGGAGAAAUUUGACCCUCGGAGUAACAAUGAUCUCUGUCAGAUGUCAGGCUACACAGGGGGUGCUAUGGCUGGCCUAGCAUUUGCGAUGAUCCUAGUUGGCUUCAUAGGUGGUAUAGGACUUGGUUUCUACCUUUGGAAAAGAAACACUGGUAUUCCAUAUCGAUUACAGGAAUAGAUUAGGAGACCUGUACAUGAAUAAUUUAACAUCAAAGAACAAAUUAUACAGAUAAGAAUUCGGCAUAUCAGCUGGAUGUCCUAACUGGAAUGUCUAAUAAACAGUGAUAUCUAUGUAUAACAUGCACAUGACAUUACCCAAUUAACAGAGGGCAAGCAUCUGUCCUGGUGGUAGCCUUGUAUCAGUUUUAUAUUCUGACAUAGCAUGCAAGUAAAUAACAAAACAGAAUGAACCUUGCGAAUGUCAGAAAUCUGAUUUUCUAUAUUUGAUCAUAUACCAUAUUUGGCAUCAACAAGGUAUAUGAAUAUAUGGUGUUUUAUAAAUCAAGAGCUACAUUUGACCUGCAUGUCCAGGGUUCUCACCAGGAAAGUUUUAGACCCUGGAUUUUACGCGGUAUCACAACUACUCCUCCCCCAUGUGAGAUCAGAGAUAUCCUGCUAGUAUACUUUUCAAAAUACUAGUUGAGAUUAUCUUCCUAUUUUAAUCACAAUAUACAUUUCUAAUAGGUUUCUGACUUCCCAUUUUUCGUUUGUAACCAGUUUUAUGUAUUUUCUCAACGAGUUUUACUACAAAUAAUGUGACAAAAAUGUAAAAUUAAGACUCCUGAAAAAACACUUUAGACUCCGGAAAAAGUAUUAGACUCUCGAGCAAGAGGGUCUAAAGACAUUAGACUC